ACCACAUCUGAGAAGCCAGCGACCGGCCCACCGAGUACGAUGACAGCGCUCUCUACAUCCAGCGCCACCAAGCUCGAUAGCAUCAACACCCAAAUCCCAGCAGAUGAUGGCUAUCCCCAUGGCGCGCGCUUAGCUGUCAUUGUUGUUUCGCUUAUGCUGGGCAUGUUCCUCGUGUCACUUGAUAAUACCAUCCUUGGCACGGCUAUUCCCAAGAUCAGCGAUGAAUUUCAUGAUUUGAAUAAAGUCGCCUGGUACGGAGCGGUAUACUUCAUGACAUUCGGUGGUGGGUUCCAGUCGACUUGGGGAAAGCUCUAUAAAUACUUUCCCCUCAAACUUUGGUUUCUGGUCGCCUUGUUUACAUUCGAGCUGGGAAGUCUCCUCUGCGCAGUCGCGCCCAACCCUAUCACUUUGAUUGUCGGCCGGGCGAUUGCAGGCUUGGGCGGUUCAGGUGUGACGGUGGGUGUGUUCACUAUUCUCGGAUUCGCAGCAGCCCCAGAGAAGCGUCCGCAGUUGCUGGGUUUUACGGGCGCCACGUACGGAAUCGCGGCGGUUCUGGGUCCGCUUAUCGGUGGUGCUUUUACAGACAAGUGCUUCUAUAUCAACCUACCCAUUGGGGGGCUAGCGGCAGCGGUUAUUCUCAUUUUCUUCCAAGCCCCCGCCAGUGCAAACCCCAUGUCCGCCCCCUUGAAGGAAAAGUUGUUGCACAUGGACUUCAUAGGGGCUGUACUAGUGAUGGGUUUGAUCAUCUCGUACAUUCUUGCGCUCCAAUAUGGUGGCCAAACUCAUCCAUGGAACAGUAGCGUCGUCAUUGGUUUGCUUGUCGGCUUCGUCCUUAUGCUUGCGACAUUUAUCGCAUGGGAAGUCUUGCAGGGGGAAUACGCCAUGAUAGUUCCACGGCUGUUCCUGAAGCGCUACGUCUGCGUGGGAUCCAUCUUCAUGUUCUUCUUUGGUGGCGCAUACUUCACGAUCCUGUAUUACCUUCCCAUCUACUUUCAGAGCGUCUACAACAGCAGUCCGAUUGGAUCUGGAGUUAAAAUGCUUGCCUUCAUCAUUCCACUCACAAUCGCCGCGAUUGUCCUAGGUGUUGCAUUGUCGAAGAUUGGCAUAGUACCUCUUUUCUGGAUCAUCGGAGGAGCGAUAGGAACCAUAGGUUGUGGAUUAUUUUACACAAUGGACACGAAUACUUCUACCGGCAAGUGGAUUGGGUAUCAGAUCCUGGUGGGCUUUGCCACUGGAGGGACAUUUCAAGUGGCUCUAUCCAACGCGCAGGUGCAUGCUGCACCGGAGGAUAUGUCGCAGGUGUCAUCCAUUGUCAACUUCUUUACGACAGUGGGCGGUUCUUUCUUCCUCUCUGCCGCACAGUCCGCGUUCAACAAUCAGCUGCUCAAUUACAUUACCGUCAAGCUCCCCGAGAUUGAUCCAUCGACUGUGCUGGGUAUUGGGGCGACGCAGAUUCGACAAGCGUUCACACUUUCGCAGGUGCCCAUUGUGAUUGAUGGGUAUGUGGUGGGGUUGAAAGUCGUCUUUGCCAUCACCGUGGCUGCCUUUGGAGCGUCCACGAUUAUUGGCUUCUUUGGGAGCUGGAAGCGACUUCAUGAAGAUUCUUUGAAGAAGGUUGCUGGAGGGGCAGCAUAGUGGUUCUUUCCGGUUGUUGUUUGGUUUACUUUGGAUGCAAACCGCCGGCUGCACAACCCAGGUACUUCAAAAAUAUAUAUCCUCGAGAAUGGGUGGGGUGUUGCCUGCUUCAACAGACAACAGGCAGGUCAGUUUCCGGGAGAUGCGGGAGUCCGUGCGCGCCAAGGGCAGAAUGACUAAUUCUAGGCAAUUGUGCCUCAGGCCACGAGUCUAGUAUUUGUGCUGUAUUUCGG